UCCCGCCUCUGUGUCGCUCUCUCUGAGGAAGGCAGAAGCAACGCGGAGGAAACGGUGGUGACUUGAGAGUGCGGCCACCACCAUCGCCAACAUGAGCCUCCUCAACAAGCCCAAGAGUGAGAUGACCCCGGAGGAGCUGCAGAAGCGGGAGGAGGAGGAGUUUAACACAGGGCCACUCUCCGUGCUCACCCAGUCGGUCAAGAACAACACCCAAGUGCUCAUCAACUGCCGCAACAACAAGAAGCUCCUGGGCCGUGUGAAGGCCUUCGACAGGCACUGCAACAUGGUGCUGGAGAACGUGAAGGAGAUGUGGACCGAAGUCCCCAAGAGCGGCAAGGGCAAGAAGAAGUCCAAGCCAGUCAACAAGGACCGCUACAUCUCAAAAAUGUUCCUGCGCGGGGACUCGGUCAUUGUGGUCCUGCGGAACCCGCUCAUUGCUGGCAAGUAGGGCCCUCCUCCCCGCCGUCAGAACUUGCCCCCUCAUUUUGCGAAGACCUGCCCUUUGUGCUGGGAACAAUAAAGUUGUGUGUUUUUUCUA